AUGUCGUCGGAAAACAACAAUGUCUGGCAAUUGCCGGAGCCGGAAGUGAAACCGUUUCUAAUGGAAGAGCAUUUGAUGUACUCCACUGAGACUCCCGAACAGGACCCGUUUCCUAAACGGUGGAAAGCAUCUUCUUCUGGAACGAGUACUCAGUUGAGGUUUAAUAGCAACGAAGUUCCAAUACCACAAUAUCAGUACAACUCACUUGAUGAACCAAGCCCGUUGGGCUUGCGGUUAAGGAAGAGUCCAUCAUUGUUGGAGCUAGCUCAAAAGAGGCUCAACCAAGUCAAUAUUGAGAAGGGCGAUUCGUCCAUGGAAAAUCUUGAAGCAAGAACCAGGAGAGAUUCAAGGGCUAGGUCAAAAGCCAAGGCCUCAAGUUCCCCUGAUAAGUUGAAGGCUUCUCAUUUUCCAGCAUUACUUUUAAGGAUCGGCCAUUGGGAGUAUGUGUCAAAACAUGAAGGUGAUCUAGUGGCCAAGUGUUACUUUUCAAAGCAUAAGCUUGUGUGGGAAGUUCUUGAUGGUGGACUAAAGAAAAAAUUUGAAAUUAAUUGGGCGGAUAUCUUUGCUCUCAACGCAAACUAUGAAGCCGAUGGGCUUGGAACUUUGACUGUUGUGCUUACUAAACCACCACUUUUCUUCAAAGAAAUCAACCCGCAGCCUAGAAAACACACACAAUGGCGAGCAACUUCAGAUUUUACAAAUGGUGAAGCGAACAUAAAUAGGCAACAUUUUCUACAAUGUGCACAAGGCGUACUUGACAAGCACUAUGAAAAGUUGAUUCAAUGUGAUGCACGACUCAACUUAUUGAGUCAACAACCAGAAAUCGAUACUAUUCCACAUAUGGCUUCAUCUACAAAUGUGGGAUCGAGUUCUUUAGGUUUGAUUCAUCAAGAUAUGUCUAAAGAAGUUUACUCUUCCAGUUCAGGUAUGUCUAUGGAUAUUGAUGGGCAAAAUCCGAAUGAUAUGUUUGAGAACAUUUCACAGAUGCUACUCAGCGACAACAAUAUAGCAGGAGAUUCAGACGAGGAGACUCUCACAUCAAGAAUCAAUUCCCUCUGCUGCUUUCUUCAAGAUUAUCAAAGUGGUCAACAAGAUGGAAAUGCCUUUUUUGCCCCUGAUCCUAAUCUAAUCCCACAGCAAGACCUAAAUGACUUUUCCACCUUUGAUCCAAAUCUAAUCCCGCAACAAUACGGAAAUGACUAUUCUACCUUUGAUCCUAAUAUGUUCAUGCAACAAUUCGAAAAUGACGAUUCUACCCUUGAUCCUAAUCUGAUCAUGCAACAAUACAUAAAUGACGGUUCUGUCCUUGAUCCUGAUCUAAUCCUGCAGAAAGAUAUGAAUGACGGUUCUACCUUUGAUCCCAAUCUGAUCCCCAUGCAAGGCCAAUAUGACGGUUCUACCCUUGGUGCCAACUGGAUCCCUGAAACUAUGACUCAAGAAGAUGGUAGUGGUAGCAUGUCUGCAAAGCUUCCUCAGGAGUAUCCAAAUGCUCAGCAAGAUGGAAAUGACGGUUCUACCCCUGAGAACAAUUCUGGAUCUAAUGAAGGGUUGGGUAUAUCAAGAGCGGACUCGUUUUCUGAAUUGGUGCAACAGCUUCCCAGGAUCACGUCUCUUCCGAGGUUCUUGUUCGAGCUUUCAGAAAAUGGUGAGAUUUUGAAGUGA